AUGAAUGAGAUUAGCCAGAUCGCUUGGAACUAUUUUGACAAUAUUUUUAGGACGUCGGUUCCUGAGGAAGGCGAUGGUGUUAUUCACUUGAUUCCUAGGUGCAUUAACGAGGACACUAAUAGAAAGCUUUCCGAGGUCUUUACCAACGAGGAAAUCCUAAUGGCUUUCAAACAGAUGGACCCUCGGAAGGCCCUGGUGUCGAUGGACUGUCGGGUGGUUUCUUUAAGGAUUUUUGGCCGAUUGGUGGUUUACAAGAUUGUUUCAAAGGUGCUGGCAAAUCGGUUAAAAGAGAUUCUUCACCUUUGCAUUAGCCAAUAUCAGAGCGCUUUUGUUCCAAAACGGAUGAUUCACAACAAUGUUUUAGUGGCCCAUGAAUUGGUGCACUAUCUCUGCAAGUCUACAAACGGGCCGAAUCAGGGUUGUGUGGUCAAGCUCGACAUGAGCAAAGCUUACGAUAGGGUGGAGUGGUGUUUUCUUAAAAAAAUGAUGCUAAAAAUGAGAUUUUCUUAUGACUGGGUGGAAAAGAUUAUGGACUGUGUUUGCACUGUUCGGUAUAGAUUUAAAUGCAAUAUGACUUUUUUCGACCUUAUUUUUUCGGAGAGGGGCCUUCAUCAAGGGGAUCCUUUAUCCCCUUAUUUAUUUCUUUUCUGUAUGGAAGCUUUGUCAUGUAUGCUUAACCAUGCUCAGGAGACUAACAUGAUCAAAGGCAUUAGGGCGAGUAAAAAUGGCCCUAGAAUUAAUCACUUAUUUUUUGCUGAUGAUGCUUUACUUUUUGUCAAGAACAAACAAAGUGAUAUUGAAGCUGUCACAAAGAUUUUGGAGACCUUUGAAAAGAGGUCGGGACAAAGGAUUAACUUGGACAAGUCGAUGGUCUAUUUCAGUCCUAAAAUCCCCAAUCCGCAACGUGAGAGGCUGAGUAAUUUACUAAAAGUGAAGGUGGUGAACAACAUUGAUAGCUAUCUCGGCCUGCCCAUCCAGGUUGGUAAAAAGAAGGUGGCUGCUUUCAAAAACAUUCUGGAUCGUGCUGCCAAUAGGGUGUGGCGCCUUAUUAACUGUAAAGAAACGCUUUAUUUUAGAGUUCUUAGUGCUAAAUACUUCCCGGAUGGUGACGUUCUUCACCCUAAAAGGGUUAACAAGCCGUCUUUCACUUGGCAGAGCAUUAAUAAAGCGGCUUGCUUACUGCAUGAGGGUUUCGGGUGGAAUGUUGGAAAUGGUAGUAAAAUUGAUUUGAAGAAUGAGUAUUGGGGUUUUGAAGGGUUGUCGGGUGGUUCCAUUUGUAUUGAUAGAGAGAAGAUCCACGAAAGAAAGGACGAGCGGAUCUGGUCUCAUAAUCCUAUGGGAUUUUAUACUGCAAAGUCGGCCUAUUCUUGGUUGACUUUGAAACAUGUUGGUUUUGGCCCUCAUCGCUUCCUCUGGAAACUUAUUUGGAAGCUCCAAACUUUGCCCAAGAUUAGAAUUUUUUGCUGGCGGUUGGGUCACGAUAUUAUCCCUACCUAUGAGAAAAUUUCUAGCAUUCGGAGGGACGUUAACAGUUUGUGCCCGAGAUGUGGAAUGGAUAAGGAGACUCUUAUUCAUGCGUUGAAGGAUUGUCCUAAGGCCAGGGCGGUGCUGGCUUAUGGUGGCCUGAAUAAGAAGCUGCUCGAUGGAAGCUAUGGUCGGUGUGUGGAUUGGAUUGAGGACGUGGCUCGUAUGUUGGAUAGGAAAGCUUUUUCUGAUUUUAUUACAACAUUAUGGAAUAUCUGGAAUAGUAGGAAUAACAGGGUUUUUCGAGAGGUGGAGGAGAACGCCAAAAUUAUCUGGGAUAGAGCGGCUUCGUUGUCUAGGGAUUUUCGUAUUUUUAGCCUGUUGGAAAAACUUAUGAUUCCAAAGCCUGUUGUGGAGAAAGGUUGGCAGAAACCUGGUCCUGGGACUCUUAAAAUCAAUUUUGACGCUACUGUUAAUGAAAACAAAGCUUAUUAUGGCCUGGUGGCUAGGGAUUCUGAUGGUUUUGUGCAUGGCGGGUGCAUAGGUUGUGUAAAGAAGGAUUUAAGUGUGGAAUGGGCAGAAUUGUAG